CGCCGCUCCCUGAGGCAGCGCGGGGGCGUCGUGAUAAGACGACGAGAGACCCUUCACACUGGCAAUUUACAUCUAAUGAGCUAGACCCCUUACUGACGUCUUAAAAAGUAACCUGUCCAUUAAUGGCUUCUAGUAACAUGCAGCAAGUGGAAGCCACUUUCUGCAGUCCCAUCUUAGAUAUUGGCCCUGCCCCAGUGCCAUCCUUGGAUUUGGAAGAAGGAAAACCACCUUGUAAAAACAUUCAGUGCAGUGGCAUCACUAUUUUUGGUAUCCAGGGAAGAAAGAGAUUAUGGCAUGACUGCCAUUAGUAAUGUGUUUGUACUAAAAGAGUGCAGAAUAUGAACAUCUCACACCUAAUUUUGAUAGACCUGUCUCCUGCAAAUUUUCUGAGAAUUGUAUUGAAAAUAUGGUAAUCCUGUUAUCCCUGAAGAACUGUUUUCAGUUACAUUAUGGCCUCAAGAUUCCAGCAGCUGGUUUCAGGUGUUCAGCAAACAGCGGACUUAUUAUACAGUCUGUUUCUAGUGAUAUUUAUCAGAAUUUGGCAGUCGAAGAUUGGGUUCAUGACAAUAUGACUUUAGAGGAUAGACAUGUUCUUUUCAUGUGGAGAAAUUCUCCCACUGUGGUGAUUGGGAGACACCAGAAUCCCUGGCAAGAGUGUAAUCUCAAGAUAAUGAGAGAAAAAAACAUAAAAUUAGCCAGAAGGAGAAGUGGGGGAGGGACAGUUUACCAUGAUCUGGGCAAUAUCAAUUUGACUUUCUUCACAUCCAAGAAAAAAUAUGAAAGAAUGGAAAACCUAAAAUUAGUUGUUAGGGCUCUAAAAGCCUUGCGACCCCAGUUUGAUGUGCGUGCCACCGAGAGAUAUGAUCUGCUACUAAAUGGGAAUUUUAAAAUCUCAGGUACAGCUGCAAAGCUAGGAAGGACUGUAGCUUACCAUCACUGCACUUUACUAUGCAAUGCGGAUAGGUUUCUUUUAUCUUCUGUGCUGAAGAGUCCUUACAAGGGGAUAAAAAGUAAUGCCACUCCUAGCAUGCCUGCGUUAGUGAAAAAUCUCUUUGAAGAGGAUCCUAGUUUAACAUGUGAGAUUGUCAUGGAUGCUAUUGCUGCAGAAUAUGCGAGAUGCCAUAAAAUUGACCAUUGUAUUACUUUAAUAAAUCCAGGUGAUGAGACAGUUUUCCCUGGAAUUAACAUGAAAACCAAAGAACUCCAAACAUGGGACUGGAUAUAUGGCAAGACACCAAAGUUUAGUAUUAGAACUUGCUUUAACAUGGUGUAUAAACAGUCUCUCCUUGAAGUUAAAGUGGAUAUACAAGUAAAGCAUGGAAGAAUUGAAGCUUGUAACAUAGAUUUGCCGGAGCAGUGGCUACCACCAGCAAUGUGCAGUGAACUAGAAAAGAACCUAACUGGCAGUAAACUUUGCCCAAGUGAAACCGCAGCAUUAGCAAGUACUUUGCUGAGAGUAUGUCCACAAAACUAUGAGUUGCACAGCAAGUGGAGUCUCCUAUGUGAGACUGUGAUGACACUAAUGUGAUUUUAAUAAUGAAAGUGUAUACAGUCACAUCUUUGCUAUUGACUAGUACAUGAUUUACUAAAAAUGUAAAAUAAAAUCUGGUUAUUUUAUAAAA